AUGAGGUCUCACCUCCCCAGCUUUUUGUCACAAGAGCAAGCAAUUUCAACACCGAUCUCAAAGAACAGCUUCAUCAUGGCGUCCAUCCCAGAGAAGGACCACCCCAACUGGAUGGCACCCGAGUUCACCAAGCCGGGACAAGACUUUGAGCACGGUGACCAUGUCAACUUACACGAAGAUGUCGACACCCUCAUCGCGCAGAUGGAGACCGAGAUCGAGGCCGCAGGCCCGCAAAAAGAUAUGUUCGCCAUCAACUUCAAAAACCCCAAGCACUUCACCUACUUCCUCGUCGUCUUCGCCUCCAUGGGCGGUCUCCUCUCCGGCCUCGACCAAUCCCUCAUCUCAGGCGCCAACCUGUAUCUUCCCAAGGACCUCGGGCUCGACUCGAAGCAGUCGAGUUUGGUCAAUGCAGGUAUGCCGCUCGGAGCUGUGAUCGGAGCGUUCCUUAUUUCGCCAUGUAACGAGUACCUCGGGCGCAGAAUGUCUAUUCUCAUCGCGUGUGUGCUGUAUACGAUUGGCGCUGCGCUGUGCGCGGGUGCUAUCGACUUCCCCAUGCUGGUUGUGGCGCGUUUGAUUCUUGGGUCUGGAGUUGGACUUGAGGGCGGAACGGUGCCUGUUUAUGUUGCUGAGACUGUUGAGAGGAGGUUGCGUGGUAACCUCGUCUCCCUUUACCAGUUGAUGAUUGCUCUUGGUGAGGUCCUUGGAUACGCUGUUGGAGCGAUCUUCCUGGGACUCCCAGGGAACUGGCGCUACAUUCUCGGAUCCUCCGUCGUCUUCUCUACAAUCAUGGGAAUUGGCACGCUCUACGUCCCCGAAUCCCCCCGCUGGCUCAUGCACAAAGGCGACUACCUCAACGCCUUCCGCGUGUGGAAACGCAUCCGCGGCACCGAGACCCGCGAAUCGCGCGAGGAAUUGUACGAGAUGAAGUCCUCGCUCGAAUUCGAAGUCCUCCAAGUGCAAGAGGGCCGCACCAAGCGCUUCCCCUGGAUGGACCUCUUCACCAACCCGCGCGCGCGCCGCGCUCUCGUGUACGCGAAUAUGAUGAUCUUCUUGGGGCAGUUUACGGGGAUCAAUGCGGUUAUGUAUUUCAUGUCUGUCUUGAUGGGGUCGAUUGGCUUUGAUGAUACGCAGGCUAAUUAUAUGUCUCUUGUUGGUGGCGGCGCGCUGCUUCUGGGGACUAUUCCGGCGGUGUUUUAUAUGGAGCUCUGUGGUCGCAGAUUCUGGGCGCUUGCUAUGCUGCCCGGGUUCUUUACUGGUCUCAUUCUCGUGGGUGUCAGCUAUAACUUCGACCCUGCCGUCGACACGGUUCUGGUACAGGGCCUGUACCUGACGGGCCUGGUCAUCUACAUGGCCUUCUUCGGCUGCUACGCCACGCUAACCUGGGUCGUUCCCUCGGAGGUCUACCCCACCUACCUCCGCUCCUACGGCAUGACCGUGUCCAGCGCCUGGAUGUUCCUCUCCAGCUUCAUCGUGACCUACAACUUCAGCGGUAUGUUUCAGGCCUUCACCGGCAUCGGGCUGUGUCUCGGGUUCUACGGGGGUAUUGCGGUGGUGGGCUGGUUUUACCAGUUGCUGUUUAUGCCGGAGACGAAGAAUAAGACGCUGGAGGAGAUUGAUCUUAUUUUUGAGAGGCCGACGAUGGUUAUUGUCAAGGAGAAUAUUAAGAAUAGCAGAGCGACGUGUAGGGAUCUGAUGAAGGGAAGAUUUAGGAAGGUGGCGACGGAGACGCAGAGGGUUGUUUAG